AUGUUGCCCGCUUAUUUGACCCGGCACGACCCAACUGUGCCUCCAUCCCAUCACUUUCUUCCAUAUCUACGUGAGCAACCUCCCUUUGAGAGACCCGAGAAUGGGCGCUUGACCUGCGCUGCACAUGAUAUUGCGUGUGGUGGCUUUUAUGCGGUAAGCUACCGGGGUGCGCAGAAGAGCCUUGCUGCGCUAUCAGUCAUUUCCCUAGGCUUAGCGGAGGAAAUCGAUAUUAGUGACCAGGUCGAUACAUCGCUAGGCCGCUUGUGUGGUCACGGCUACUUGAAGUGCUAUGCAACCUAUCCGGCUUUAACUGGCAAAUUUCGAGCUGCUGGUGCUAAUGAAAAAGUUUCCGAUGUACACAAUAGAACAGGCAUAGCAAAAGGAUUUACAAGCUGGGGUGUGAUGUAUAGCAUGAUGCUUAAUAUUCAGCAGGUUAUGAAGGGAAAAGCCUCUGUCCGGGCAAUAUGGGAAGAUGUGCCAACAUCAGUGGUCCCAUCUGUAGAUAGAUAG